UGGCGGAUUUAUUGCAGACGAGAGGAGGAAAGGAGUAUGUCCCUUUUAUCAUUGUUAUAGACCUUGUGAGUGAAACAAAGUAGCUUCCUUCAAAGGAUCAUCGAUUAGUUUAUUAAGGAUGUUUAGGGAUCCCUUUUCACACUUGUGUUUUUCUCCAGCUCUAAUGCUGACCAGUCUUAAUUGAGCGAGGUUUACAUGAAAAUUCAAGUGAAGUUGCAGCGUGUGUUUGAGUUGUUGCUACGUUGAUGUUUGUUCUUCUUCGAUCUACGAAGAUAUUUUACAACCCAAUCAGUCAUCCACUAUCCUAUAGUUUCUAAUGGAAGGUAAUGGGGCAGAAAUUCAGGUGCACAGUGAUGCGGAGGACAACGGCUCUGCCGCAGGCAGAUUGUCAAAUUGUAGCUACAACAGCGAAGACGAUAGUUUACUUGGUUUCGAAGACGAUCUCGAAGGAGACGAAGAAGAUGGAGAAGAGUUGGAUGCUGAAGAGACAGUGACUUCCGCAAAAAAUAAUGAAGAAGUAAAAACAAAGAGAAAAAGAAAGCAGAUCGACCCCAACAAACGAAAGCGGAUUCGGCGAAUUUUGCGCGAAGAUGAACUGACAGAGGUUACAAUUUCGGCCCAAAAAGAGGAGCGUGAGCGACUCCGAAGACUUGAACUUCAAAGAAGCUUAGCAGCAUCUUCCACUAGUACUUCUAAAAUUGGUGAAAAUUUAAGCUCAGCAUCACCGAGUGCUUCAUCGAGGCCCUCAACCCCAAUUGCUGUAGACGCCAGAGAGAAGAAAGACAUUGAACCGCAUGUGAUUGUUAUUGAUAGUGAUGAUGAUGAAGAUUCCAGACCCUCCACUGCAGCUGUUAACUGUGAUCAUUUAAAGCAAGCAGCUGAGAAUGUUAAUGGAGAGUUUAUUGAGAUUAUUAGUUCAGAUUCAGAGGUUGAUGAUGUCAGUGAUAACGAUGAUGAUGAAGAUUAUGAUGAUGAUGAUGCCACUCCUUGUAAACGGAAGGAUGUUGACUAUGAAAACAGUGGGUUGCAUGUUGAUGACAGUCUCAAUAAACCUGAUUUGCAAGGACGAGUGCUUGUUAAUGUCAGUCAUCCUGCUGAUGAAGAAGACAUUUUUCUUGCCCCACAGAUUGCUAGAGUUAUAAAAGCACAUCAGAUCGGUGGGAUCAGGUUCCUGUAUGACAACCUUGUUGAGACACUAAAACGCUUCAAAGUCAGCACAGGGUUUGGUUGUAUUUUAGCCCAUUCAAUGGGUCUUGGUAAAACUCUUCAAGUAGUUAGUUUUAUUGACAUAUUCUUGAGAUACACCACAGCCAAGAAAGUGCUCUGUGUUGUGCCAAUUAACACAAUACAAAAUUGGCAAGCAGAGUUUAACAUGUGGUUGCCACCUAAACCAGGGCUCAUUACAGAUAGCAAUGGAACCUUUGUGGAGAGUUCUGAUUCUAGCACAGUUCAUUACAGAGAAUUUGAGGUGUACUUGUUGGGUGAAAAUCACAAGACUACAAUGGCCAGAGCCAAAGUUAUAGGUGAGUGGAACCACAAUGGUGGAGUACUUCUGAUGGGUUAUGAGCUGUAUAGACUUCUGUCAACUGUGACACCCUCCAUGUCAAGUGCCAAGAGUAUGCCAACGAAAAAGAAGAAAUCACCAACUCUUGACAAAAUGAAUGGUGAACCAGAAGUUAUAGAUCUUGAUGAAGAGGAAAAACACAUGGAACUACUAAUUGGAGUUCAGAGAGCACUGUGUAAACCUGGUGCUGACUUAGUCAUUUGUGACGAAGGGCACAGAAUCAAGAAUGACCAGGCAAAUACAUCACAGGCACUAAAGAAGAUCCACACCAGACGGCGGGUCGUUUUAACAGGAUAUCCAUUGCAAAACAACCUUCAGGAAUACUGGUGCAUGGUAGACUUUGUCCGACCCAACUUUCUGGGAACCAAACAGGAGUUUUGCAACAUGUUUGAGAGACCUAUACUCAAUGGACAAUGUUCUGACAGCACUCCAUCAGAUGUAAAGAUAAUGAGAUACAGAGCCCAUGUACUCCACAGUCUGCUCGAAGGAUUUGUGCAAAGACGGAGUCAAGCAGUUCUUACAAGAUGUCUCCCAGUCAAAGAAGAGCACAUAAUUUUGGUUAAUAUGUCAGCUAUCCAGAAAGAACUGUACAACACAUUUGUUGAUCGUCUGUUGCGUUCUGUUGGGUACAUUAAUCCCAUCAAGGGUUUCCACACAUGCACCAAGAUUUGGAACCAUCCUGACAUAUUUUACCACUCACUGGAUAUGAAGGAUGCUGAUAGGAAUGAGUCUCCUUUGACAAUUCUUGAAGAUUCUAAUGGAUCAUCACAAAGUUCAAAGAGGAAUUCUCCUUCAGACUUAAUGUCAGCUACCACAUCUACACUGAACCAAGACACGAGAGCAAAUUCAAGUGCUGCAGGACUCUCACAGAAUCAUUCUUCAGGAUCAGUUGUAUCUCCUUAUUUUCCAUCAUCAGCAAAUUCCCAGACAGUUAAAACUGAUCCUGUCCCUGUUUCUUCUCAAGCUACCACACAAACAGAACAGACAGUAACCACAACAACUCAACCAAGCCGCAGUGUACAAGAUACUUCAGUGUCAGUUAUUCAAACAGUAGCAGCACAAAUGGAUCGCAGUUGUGUUCUUGUGGGAGAUAUGACAUGGGCCAAGACUCUGUUCAAAGACUACCAGGUUGGAGUGAUGAAAAAUGGCGGCAAACUUGUUGUGUUGAUGGAGAUUAUAGAAGAAAGCUUAAAACUGGGAGAAAAAAUUCUCAUUUUUAGUCAGAGCCUGUCCACCUUAAGUGUGAUUGAGGAAUUCCUUUCCAAGCGUGAUGUUCCUUUUUUUCCUGGUCGGGUCACUGAUACGGGAAAGUCUACCAGAUGGGCUAAGAACAAGAGUUAUUAUCGGCUGGAUGGGAACACCUCGGCACAAGAGAGGGAAAGGCUCAUCAAUCGUUUCAACGCUCCAGACAACACUGAUGUCUUGCUGUUUAUGUUGUCAACAAGGGCGGGAUGUCUUGGUAUCAAUCUUAUUGGUGCAAACCGUGUUGUUGUGUUUGAUGCUUCGUGGAAUCCGUGUCAUGAUGUGCAGGCUGUGUGUAGGGUUUAUCGCUAUGGACAGCUGAAGCCGGUUCAUAUUUACCGUCUUAUCAGUACAGGGACAAUGGAAAAGAAGAUUUAUGAUCGACAAAUAUCGAAGCAAGGCAUGGCUAAUCGAAUCGUCGACGAGCUCAAUCCGGAGGCAAACUUCACCAAACAAGAAAUAAUGAAGUUAAUUUGUGAGAAGGAGGCUACUUCUCCCGCGGCUGACUUAUCAGCAGCCGCUGACCAGUUCAGUGAUCCCGUGUUGGUCAGACUGUGUCGACAGUGUAACUCUUGGAUCUCCAAGGUGCCUUUUAAGCACGACUCACUUCUGGUGGAUAGAAAAGAAAUGAAGCUGACCAAAGCAGAGAAGCGAGAAGCCAAAAGAGGGUAUGAAAUGGAGAAAAGACUAGCCUUGCAAGGACAAAAGCACUAUCCUGGUGUUAUUCAACCGGUUUAUAGCAGAAACAACCAACCCUUCGUUCCAAAACCGGUUUAUCCUGUUGGAUCGGUUCCUCUACUAACUCAGACAAUCGGUCCUAACUGCACUCAUCAUCAUCCUUGUCCCCAGCUCCCCCUUUCGUCUGGCUUCCAUCUCCCACCGGCUUCCUUUAUACGUGCUGGUGUUCCUGUACCACCUGUUCGGGGGAAUGUGCAGUCGUCGCAAUGUACUACUUCAACAGCCUCAUCAACUUAUUCACAGGGUAGCCAGCACGGGAACCAGGAGGCCAGUACGUCUAAAGACGAUGUCGUUAUGAUCGACCUUGACGAUUUGCCUUCGCCGACGCACCCCGAGCGAGAAUCGAUCAGUCACCUGCGAGCACAGGCACACCAAUCGCAGUCAAACGGGGAUUUGGUCAGGAUGGCCCAACAUGCAUUUCCUAGUGUUUCCCCUGCGUUUAUUAACGUGCUGUUAAAUCAAGGAAAUUCUCAAGAAGCUCAGGAAUCAGACGCUCAAGGUUCCCACAAAACUAUCACUCACGGUUCCAAGUCCCCAAAUGAGCAUCGUUCCCAGUCUUCUACCGCUCAAUCCAAAGCAGAUUCCGAAGCCUUAGACGUCGACAUUAACUCGUCUGAGACCAAUGUUGUGGACAGCACACAGUCAAAAAACGGAGAUGCCGCUGUAAAUAAUGUCAAAGUGAAAAAGGUCGUUGCGAAGACUCCUAAUCAGGAACAGAUCGACUUACAAUUGUCCUCUCCGCCAAUAAUAGUAGAGGUAUCAUUGGAGUCUGAUCAACUUGAUCAGUCGAGCCAACAAGAGAAGACGGGUGUGUCAUUAUCACCCACCCAACCCCUAGUGGUAGACGUUUCAGUAGCUUCAGAUGAGCUCGAAAAUUCAGCCUCACAAGGGGCAGAUGCAGCCUCUUCUUAAUCACCCCUUCCCUGGUACAAGAAAAACUAGGCAUUUAUCUUACUUGGAGGAAACCAGUAGAGGCUUGACAACCUUUGGGAAUGGGUGGGUGAACAGUUCGGUGGAAGAUUCCAUUGACUGAAAUACUUCUAGUGAUACAUGGGUUGCAUACCGUGAGGCAGUCCUUAUUGAAAUAAGAAAUCAGGGUUAUCUUUUGGCAGUAUUUUGGCUUUCACCGAAUUUUAAAUCGUGCCUAAAGUGAUAGUGCAAAGGGCACGUGGCAAUCCGAGGCGGACUUUCUUUAACUAUGGGAUUGGUUCGAGUAUCAGCCAAUCCGAGGAAGUGUUCGGCAUUGGUGUGCUGAAGCUUCAUAUCAUUUGAAUCGAUCGACUUCUUGGAGGUUGUGAUCAAAUUGUAGAAAGAAGGAGCAAGAAGGAAAUUUUCAGAAUUAUCAUUAGUUUUAAUAGCAUCACUAUCAUUAUUAGUUGAAGUAUUAUUUUUAUCAUUAACAAUGAUUCCACGAUUUACUUUGCUACAACAAUUUACUUUGGUUUUUCCGCACUCAUCUUUUUUUCCCUCAAACUGAGUCUUUACCACGACAAGCUUGACAAAUGCCACUUAUACAGACCUCACCAAUCGUGUCGUUUUAAAAUACCUAACUCUCACUGAGUCAAGUGCUAACCUUGAUACCUUCCAGUUAAAGGUAUCAAGAAAAUUUUUGAUAAACGCGAACGUUAAUGAUAUGAAUAUUUAACUUUGAUCAAAGGGAAAGUUAUUUUUAUUAUUAUUUAACUUCAGUAUAACUAAAUGCAGUCAAGGCAAAGACCUCUGCCCACACUUAGUGAACGAGAAAAUUUCGUUAGAGCUUUUUGACGUUGUUUGCUCUUUUUCUCCGAAUUUCACGCGGUGGAAAAUCUCACGAACAUGUUCAGACUACAGUAUUCAGUGUUUACUGCAAGAAGAAAGUUUAGCCAAACCUUUCGAUUUAUAUAUAGGUGUAUAUUAUUUUAACUGAGGAGAUGUGCGAUAUUUGUAAUAAAUGCACAUUCUUUUACUUUAAA